AUGACACAUGCUGAAAAUGGAAAGAUGUUCCACCUUACAGUCAUCUCUGCUAAAUGCAAACCUGUCCUCACAAGACCUCUUUGGGAAUUUUUGAGGCAAAAAUCAUCCAGCUGUAAUGUCCCAUGGUGUGUCAUAGGUCACUUCAGUGUCAUUGCAUCAGUAGAAGAAAAGAUUGGUGGCAUUCGAUACCAAAUGUCCAAGAGUAUCGAAUUUCUGAGCAUGAUUGAAGACUGUGGCCUUGUGGACCUUGGUUUCUAUCGUCCCAAAUACACAUGGUCUAAUGGAAGGGGGCAGUGUUCUAUUGUUUGGAAAAGACUUGAUAGAGGCCUUGCCAAUGACCAAUGUUUAGAAAUGUUUCCUGCUACAACAGUAUCUCAUUUAGCUUUAACAGGAUCAGAUCACAAUCCUCUACUCUUGGAACUUCAUAUUAGGCAGGACAAUGGCAAAAAAUACUUUAAAUUUCUCAAUUGUUGGGUAGACAACAAAGGUUUUUUACCACUGGUUUCAGAAGUAUGGAACAGGCAAGCCAAAGAGUUUGAGCAAAAGGUUAAAUAUGCAGAAAUAAUCUGGGCCCAAACUAAUGAAGACUCUGACAGAUUAGCCCUCAAUGAACUGAAAGCUCAAUAUGUCAGAUAUCUAAAGGUGGAACAGGAUGUUUUGAAGCAAAAAACUAAGCUUAAAUGGUUCAAGGAGGGUGAUUCAAACUCCAGAUAUUUUCACAGUUUAAUUAGAGGAAGGAGAAGAAAACUGUUUAUUCACAAAAUUAAGAAUGAGAAAUUUUAUCAAGCAUGUUGGGAAGUGAUCAAAGAAGACCUGUUCAAUGUUGUUCUGGCUUUCUUUAGAGGCUGCCUAAUGCCCAGAUUCAUGACUAGUGCCUACUUUGUCCUUUUGCUAAAGGUUGAAUUCCCAAAUAGUCUCACAGAGUUCAGACCAAUUAGCCUUAGUAAUUUUAUCAACAAGAUCAUCUCUAAGGUUAUCUGUUCAAGGCUUGGUCCCAUUCUCCCCAGGAUAAUCUCAGCAAACCAAUCAGGUUUUGUCAAAGGCAGGAACAUCUCUGAAAAUAUCAUGCUUGCUCAGGAAAUUGUUCAUGGCAUUAAGAAGCCAACUGAGGGUUCAAAUGUGGUCAUCAAGGUAUACAUGGCAAAGGCCUAUGACAGAGUCUCCUGGAGCUUCACAUGCCUAAUGCUUAGAAGGAUGGGAUUUAAUGAAAUGAUCAUUGACAUGAUAUGGAGAACAAUGUCCAACAACUGGUACUCAGUAGUUGUGAAUGGCACAAGAUGUGGCUUCUUUCAAUCUUCAAGGGGCCUCAAGCAGGUGACCCACUGCCCCCCUCACUUCAUCAUAGGUGUAGAACUCCUUUCCAGAAUGCUUAACAGUUUGAAUCAUGACCAACUGUUUAAUGGAUUCUACAUGGAAAAGAGGGGGCCACAGAUCAAUCACUUGAGUUUUGCAGAUGAUAUAAUCAUCUUCACCUCUGGUAAAAGAACCUCUCUCAGAAAGAUCAUGUGGAUCCUUAAAAACUAUGAGGACACUUCAGGCCAGCUCAUUAACAGACAGAAAAGUCACUUCAUGACUGCAUCCAAUGCUCUGCCUACUACCAUCAGAAGAAUCCAAGAAGAGACAAGUUUCACCAUAAAAGAUUUACCUCUCACAUACCUGGGGUGUCCCCUGUACACUGGUAGAAUCAGAAUUAUGUACUUCAAUGGGCUUAUUUCUAAGGUUGUUGGAAGAAUCAAAGGUUGGCAUGGUAAGAUGUUAUCUUAUGGUGGAAGGGCAACUUUGAUCAAGCAUGCACUGCAAUCCCUUCCAAUUCACUUGCUUUCAACUGUGACUCCUCCCAAGACUGUCAUGAAGCAGAUUGAAAGACUGGUUGCAAACUUCUUCCAGGGAAACUGGGACCUUCAGAAACUUAAUGAAGUAGCCGCAGCUCAUAAGAUCCCUAAGAUUAUGCAGAUAGUUAUUUACUUCAAUCCUAAUCUCCCUGACAGACCUAUCUGGGUCCCCACAAUGAAUGGUAAAUUUACAUGUUCUACUGCAUGGGACCUCAUCAGAAACAAAAAGCCUCCCAACCUCACCAACAAGAUGAUUUGGCAUAAAAAGAUCCCCUUCCAAUGGUCCUUCUGUCUUUGGAGAGCUUUGAGAAACAAGUUACCAGCUGAUGACAGGGUACUCUUAUUCAGCAGCCCUACAGUAACAAGGUGUGUGUCUUGUUCUCUAUAUGCACAUGAAACAGUUGAACACCUCUUCAGCAAUGGCAACUUUGCAAGAAUUGUUUGGAACAAAUAUGGGGGUCAGUUUGGAGCUGGAGUGAUCAUCAGAAACCACCAUGGCCAGUUUAUUCAUGCCAUGGGGAUUCCACUAGGGGAGGGCACCAAUAACUAUGCAGAAACAGAAGCAGCUAGGUUAGGAGUUCAGUGGUGCUUGGCUAAUGGAAUCACCUAG